AUGGAGGACUGGUUCAAGGACGUGGGCAGGCCGGCCCUGUUCGAGGCUCUUGCGGGAGUCUGCGACCGAAUCGACAACGACUACAAAUCUGAUGUCCAAUCUUUAUCCCAAGACAAGGCCCGACUUGCCGCCGAGCUCGAAACCCUCAAACAGAAGGCCUUCCAGGUGGAUCGUUUAGAGGAGGAAAACCAGUCCCUGAAGUCGGAACUAGAAAUUGCUAAGAAGUCAUGCCGCAACGAACUCCUGCCCAAAGGCCAAGUGAAGCCUACAGUUGACGAUCGAGGCGUUCGUACCCCUCUCGCGCCUCGAUCCGCCAAUCCGGUCUCUACUUCCAAGCGAUCUACAAAACUUGACCGUGUCGACAUCGACGCAGUCAAUCUUUCGGAGCUCAGGGCGGAAUAUCUCAAGGUGGAGAGUAGCUACGCGAAACUAUACGACAAGUACCGGGAGCUUCAGGAUAUCCACAAGGAAUCCAACGCGCUGCUUCGAAAGAGGACCACAGCCUACCACAAAUGGGUAGACCACGCAACAAAGUUGGACAAACAAUCUCAAAGCCGCAAUAGGAGGAUCCAGAGAUUGGAGGCUAAGCUGGUUGAAUCUGCUCAGGGGCCCUUGAAUUCGAGCUUCUCCUCCGAUACUGGAGAUGCACAACCGGGAACAAGACGAGCAGCUCAUACACCCGGACCAGCACAUGUCGAGGAACCCGACGAACUUGGCCGGGCUCGACUUGACCCCGUGUCACGAAACUCACCGAUACUAUGGCCGCCUGAGAAUCUUGAUGAAGCAGACUUUAACUCUGCCAAUCCUGACCACAAUUCGGGAGCAAGGGCUAACAGGGAUACCGAAAAGUCUCAAAACGGAAGUUCUACGCCAGAGCCUGAUGAUGACGAUAAUGGCGAGCAAGGCCUAGCGCCUUUUCUUCCUCCUUUACCCCAGUGUCACGGUGCCACAGCAGAGAAACAACUGGGCAAGAACGAGCCAUCAUCGGACACGCCCGUUGUGGUAUCAGAGCGCUGGGUGGGCAAGAGGAAGCACGGCCAUGAUGAGUCCGAGCAUACUCGGGCUCCUACGAGACUGAAAGCGGAACAUGCCCCUGAGACACUUAGUACAGUGGAACGUCGCCGUUUCGAACCUCAGGAAAGCAUGGACUUUGAUGUUGAAGCACGUAGAGUGCAGACCCCCAAAAAGCACCACAGAGUCCUUCGAAUACACGAAGAUAAGCCCAUAGGAUCUAUCGACAUUUCGGGCAUACAAGAAGGUAGCCCAGACUCAACUGAUCGCCGGGAUCGUGCAGCCGCCACACCGACAAAUCUCAAUGAGCGCAACGCUGCGUUGCCUGGAGGCAAACCCCCGGGCACACACGCGAUUGAGCAAGCAGCUACCUCGGAGUUACAUCCAGAAGGUCCCUCUGUCCUACGUCCACUCGAUCCCAACAUCGUCGCUCAGCGAGAUCUGGGCACACAAACUAAAGCUCAGCAUCAGAAGCGGUCGUUAUUGCAUGGGAUUGACAGCCUGGCAGAGGAUGGCGGUCAUGACGAUAUGCCACGAAAAUCGACCAGCAAGAAGAAACAAAAGAACCGGGUUCUCCAUGAGCUCCUCAACUCACCGUCUCCAGAACAUGAGCGUGGUGCACUUCCAUCAAGCGUGCAGGAUAAAGAGAUACCCACGUCGAACGCCAUCCAAUUCAGAAUGCCCCAGAAACGAGAACUCCCCUUUGGUAAGGACGGACGCAAAAGAGUCAGCGGCGCGCUACAAGCACCCGCAAGUCCAACGGUAUCGACAUACAAUGCAACUACAGCGAUCAACCCUAAGGGCAGCGUCGAAGGGGCCGCGAGCAAGGGCGACUCUGGUAAGGACGUGACGCCCUUGCGGGAGUGUCCUAAGUCAAGGCUCCGGCUUGGUGACUUCAAAAUCAACCCCAACCCCAACGAAGGUCUGGAUUACGCCUUUACUGAGGUUGUCCGGAGCAAGGAGGAGCGGGCGCAACUGCAAGGGUGUGUCAAAGCGAACUGUUGUGGGCCCGCGCGCCGCGCAGAAGCACGCGUGAUGCGUGAAACAACUGGACCGUUUGGAUUUCAAUCCCUCUUGGAAUCAUACCUCGGGGAUGAAUGUCAUAUAUUGUCGUCCAUGUCCGACUCGGAAAAGGAGGAAUUAUGGAUUGAAGCGAAAGCAAGAGAACUUGCCAAUGCACAUGGCAGGCAUCGCGAAAGGUUUCCUCGCCCAGUGUCACCCGACGGCUACUGGAGGAUGGAUUUCCCAAGCACACAGGAAGCUGAACAGCACAACAAGGAGGGUGCCAAGAUGGAACGCCAGAUGAUCAACGACAGAUACCGGGAGGCCAUGAGGCCUGGUGGCAGAUGGAAGUUCAGAGACGAAUAG